AUGCCCUCCAUUCUCACCGACGCAGAUAAAGAAACAGUUAGACGAACUGUUCCGAAGCCGUCAAGUAAGAUUCUCGCAGUUGCAGUAGCUAGACUCUACGUUGCGCUCCCAAACUCUCAGAAAUGGACAUAUACCGGGCUGCAAGGCGCCGCCGUGCUCGCGAAUGACUUGGUUGGGCAUACAUUCUGGAUAAAACUGGUUGAUGUCUCGCCUGCAGGCAGAGGGAUUCUAUGGGACCAGGAAAUCUACGAUGGAUUCGCAUAUAACCAGGAUAGAACAUUCUUCCACACAUUCGAGCUUGAAGACUGCCUUGCUGGCCUAUCGUUUGCAGACGAAAAGGAAGCUAAAACGUUUAUGAAGAAAGUGCUGGAACGAGAGAAGAGUGCCAGCAAAGAGACCAAGGCCACACCCUUCUCUGCCCCUCGCGGUCAGGCACCGGCACCAGUAUCGAACGGCAAAAGCCAUGGUCGGUUUGGCAUAGUGGGCAGCCUCUUACACGGCCAUCGAUCUUCUUCAGCGCCAAAUCCUCCAGAGUCCGCUGCUGCUCCAAGACAACGGCCGACCAAUGCUCCGCCCGCUGCCCCUACGAGCGAUGAGAAGGCAUCUUCGCCGCUCGAUACCGUGGACCCGUCAUGGAGAGGCCUCCUUGAUGAGUUGAAGGCUAUGGGUAUUACAGAAGAGCAGAUAGCAGAGAACUCAGAUUUUAUCAAAGCAUAUAUCGAACAGAAGCAACAAGCCAACGAACUCGACGGCGCCGGCGCAGAGAGUACCUCGCAAGACGCAGCGAAGAGAUCAAAGGCGCCUCCUCCACCUCCCCCAUCAGCUCCGCCACCGCAAAUAUCCAAAUCUCAACCCAUCAGCCCGCAGAAUACCGGUCGACGGGGAGCUCCUCCGCCCCCGCCUCCGACCAGACGAGCUCGACCAGAUGCUCCUCCCUCUCCGCCCCCUCCAAGGGAACAAUCACCACCACCAUCUCCCCAGCGAGAGCCGUCUCCUCCACGGCCAAGGUUCCGAGCACCUCCUCCAAUCGCGGAUGCCGGCAAAUAUGCCCAUCUCCCUGGACCUACUCCACCAACACGGAAUCGUGCUUCGUCUGGCUCAAAUUUAGCCAACCCUGGGCCUCCUCCACCUCCACGGCCCCCGAAAACUCCAGAAGACAACCGUUCUUCAAUCCAAUCCAACCGAAAGGUAUCAGCACCUGUCCCUCCUCCAAGCCGAUUGCCAGCUCCUCUCCCACCGCGCGGCGAUUCAAGCUCGAUAUCUCCGCCGCCAUUACCUCCAAAGACACCGCAUGCUACUCACGUUUCACCACCGCCGCCCCCUCCGCCUCCUCCGCAGCGAAGUCCAGCUCCUCCAUCUCCACCUCCACGACAGGUCCCCUCAAUAUCUGCGCCAUCUCAUCCUCCGCCUCCACCAUUACCUACUAUCAAUGCGCCUGUACCACCUCCUCCACCACCUCCACUCCCGCAUACAUCUACUUCCGUGCCAGUAGCACCUCCUCCGCCUCCACCACCACCACCUCCUCCAGUAUCAGGCGGACCAUCUGCGCCUCCGCCUCCGCCCCCUCCCCCACCACCUGGUGGCUCUGCGCCUGCUCUACACAAACCCGCUGCGGAUAAGGAUGACUUAUUAGCCUCGAUCCGAGCUUCUAGCGGACGUGGCCUACGAAAAGUAAGUGAAACAGAAAAGCGUGAUCGAAGCGCGGCUAUUGUUCCAGGUAGCGCUGGGGAUACGCCAUCUGCUGGAUCGCCUGCGCCUGCUGGAGGAAUGAUGGGAGCAAUACAAGAUGCUCUAGCCAAGCGGAAGAAGAAAGUCAGCGCAAGUGAUGACGAGAAAUCAGACGACGAGUGGUGA